AUGGAUACGCCCAGUCGACGAGGGGUCACUCCUAGGACACCUUCUGGCCUACCAAAUCAUAUCAGAUCUUCGUCCUUGUCACCUAAAAAACCUAUUCCAGCACCGAGAUUCAGUCAAACUCUUACACCACGACCUGCUUCGUUGAUAUUCGGAAAGCCGAUAACUGAAGCAGAUUUGGGACUAGUAGACUGGCAGAACGUCCAAGAUGCAGACCUGUCAGCAGACUUGUCUUUUGGUGAUAUUGAAGUGGAGGAAAAGGCAGAAGACAAAGUGUUGGUCACGGUUCGAGUGAAACCAAGUGGAGCGGAGACCGAAAUCGACAAGUCCACACACACUGUACUCACGGGCACAGAUAAUAAGGCUGUGUAUGCCUCAACCGCAAAAACUCAUGUUCGGGCUGCGAUGGAUGGUUACAAUUCAGUUGUAUUCGCUUAUGGACAGACUGCCUCCGGAAAGACAUUUACCCUAAGCGGCUCUGAAGAUCAACCCGGUAUUAUACCCCGAGCCAUGCGUGACGUGUUUGGAUACAUUAAGAAGCAUCCCGAUCGCGAGUUCUUACUGCGCGCAUCAUACCUUGAAAUCUAUAAUGAACAGAUAUACGAUUUGCUCGCACCUCCCACAAGCGCAGCCAAUACUGUUACCUUGCAAGGGGUGGGGAAUAAUGUCCAUCUCGCGGGUGUUCGAGAGGAACCCAUCACUUCAUUUAAGUCGGUCAAAGAAGUUCUUGAGCGCGGUGAUGCCGGAAGACGAACGGCGAGCACAGAUUGGAACGAGCGUUCCAGUAGAUCUCAUAGCGUAUUUCGAUUGGUGAUUGAAUCACGCGAAACAUUAUCCGAAAGUGAACGCCUUGCCUCUCCAGGGCCCUUGGCAGUACCGAUGACACCAGGCGGAAGUAAAUUGCAGGCAAGAGGUGGUCGCUCUGUCCAGAUGUCAACACUUAGUUUGAUAGAUUUAGCAGGAUCUGAAAAAGCCACUAGCGACAAGGACAGAACAAGAGAGGGAAAAUAUAUUAACACAAGCCUCUUGACUCUGGGGAGUGUAAUUGGAACCUUGGCUGAGAAUUCUGCUAAAGGAAAAAACGAUCAUGUCCCAUUCCGAAAUAGCAAAUUGACUCGAUUACUUCAACCCUCACUAUCGGGAGAUGCCCGAAUAUCUGUUAUAUGCACUCUGAAUCCACAUCCAAGCGCGAUUGGAGAGUCAACGAGCACCUUACAGUUCGCAGCGCGAGUCAAGAAGGUUUCGCUCCACGCCACCAAGAAAGAGGUGGUAGACACAGACGCACUACUUGAAAGAUAUAGAAAGGAAAUUGAAGACCUCAAACGCCGCUUAGGCGAGCGGGAGAAAGAGGCUCCAAUUCGGAAUCGUAGAUUAAGCGCCCGUGAGCAAGAGGACGAAGGCAAAGCGAUGAAUGAUCUGAACCAUCGAAUCAAGCAACUUACCAAGUUGAUUCUAACCAGUCAAACUGUAGAAGAAGGCCGAGAGUCGAGGCCGGCCAGUCCGGCCAAGGUUGACUUUGACGCAUCUCCUUAUCAGCUUCAGCAAGACCUUCUCACUGCGCGACGUACAGUCGAGUCUCAAGAACGACAAAUUCUCUCUCUGGAGGCUGCCCUAUCUCAACGACCAUUGUUGCCCAGUGAUGCGCCCGAAUCCGACAAGGACCGGCUUAUUGCAGACCUUAGCCGUACAGUCCGUGAAUUAGAGAUCGUUACUAAAGGUUACGAAGAUAAUCUCGGAGCUCCACUGAGACAGGUUCGCGAGGAUGUCGAGAGAGAAUGGUCUGUCAAGCUAGAAGACAAGGAGAGGGAAUUGAAAGAAAAGUUGGCCUUCAUUCAAGAAUGCCAAAUAGCCUUACAAAGGGAAAAACAGGCACGAAUAAAACUCGAGGAAGAGAAACUGGCGCUUGUAUCAUUUGUACGCGACUUUGAUACUCAAGUGUUUCAAAAAGCGGUAACGGCAAACUAUACGCCUGGCGGAACUCACGCAAGUGAUCGUGUCAAACGAGCACACUCAUUGGAUGGCAACCAAUCUCUUGCGCUUUCCAAAAAGCUGGGUAAUCGGUAUGGUGCAAAGCCGUUUGACGAGAACCCUGCACUGCUGGAAGAGGACGAAACUGAAGACUUGGUCGAAGCAGAGCUGGGGGUCCAGAGUCCGGCCAAGUCCUCAAAGCGAGUUCUUGGUGACAAGGAAAAUAUCCCAUUGUAA